AUGCUGUCAGAAGAAGAGAAUGACGAGUUACUAGCAGUAACAGCUACAAAUUCAGGAUCUGCUUCGAAGAUUCCCAAUUUGACAGAUCAGUUUAAGGAAUUAUCGCAACUACAAGAGUCGAAGACAGACACAUUGUUAAAGAAGGUUUGGGAGUUCAUUAAGAUACAGCUUUUGGGACAUACGAAUGGAUUCGAGCAGUUUGUAAAUGAAAUAGAACCUAAUGAUUGCUCGUUAGUUUCUAAAUACGGAGAAGUUACAGAUAUAGACCUACGCGGUGAAACCAGCAUCUCAAUUGACGAAGUGACAUUGAGCACCAUACAUAUACCACAUCCAUUAACCAACUUUAUGAGAAACGAAGCUAACCAGUUUCCACUCAACAUGGACAUACUGAAAGAAUUGGAAGAGUCACCGAUAUUAGUAUUUCUUCAUGGUCUCGGUGGGCAAAUGUCGCAGUUCGAGCCUCUCAUGGGACUUCUCUCUCAAUGCCUGGAGAUAAUUUCGCUUGAUUUACCAGGAUUUGGAAAUUCAAAAAUACAGUUUAGUGAUGUGAAAAUGAUUACAGAUAUGUCAGAUGAAACCAAACUGAAGAUUUCAUCAAGUGUUGGUAAAAUGCGAUGGAACGAUUUUACGACAGAAAACAUUGUGAACAUCAUUUGUGCAUUUAUUAAUCAACAAAUACCACGAGACAAAAAAGUGGUAUUAGUUGGGCAUUCCAUGGGUACCCAUUUGUCGGUUAAGGUUGCCAAGAAGUUGCCAGCACAUAAAGUUGAAGGGCUCAUCUUGCUAUCCCCUCCUGGUUUGAUAGACGACGUUACGAAGACAGCGCCAGAACAACCUGCAAAGACAAUAUCUAUGUUGAAGAUAUUCAAUUAUUUGCCUUGGUUUUUCAACUGCUUUCGUGUAUGGGAUAGACUUGAGGGUUUGAAUAGCAAAAGUGUUUCCAGACAAUUAGCAAAGCCAACUGAUAUAUCUACAACGACAUCUUGCAAAUUCAACCCUAAUGCUAAUAUUUAUAAUAAACUCAGACAGCUUAGAUGGAAUAUGGAUAUAAACUCACACAUAAUCUUGAAAUAUGUACAUGGAUUUCAAAAAGCGAAGUAUUCGGAUUUGUUAGCAGCUAUAUCAAACUUCAACAAUAACCCAUCUGACAAGACUACUUAUGAGAAAACUCUAUUGAUUGCUGGUAGCGGAGACCAAGUAACUCCACCGAGCGUAAUAUCAGUGAUUGACAAAUUUUUAGCUUCUACGUUUGAUAGAAAAGUGUCAUCUUCAAUCGAAAUUAAUAAUGCAGGACAUUCUUUACUUUUGUCGAAACCAGAAUUUAUUAGUGGAAUGAUUUUAAACCAUGUUGAGCUGAAGUUCCCAGAGCGCUUGCAUUUGGCGCCUGCUUGGGUUUUGAGAGUUAAGGCUGACAUUUCGGGAGACAAAUGGGGUUUAAAAAAUGAACUAAAGUGGCUGAAGCUUAAACCACUUUCGAGCAAUAUUACUCGUAAAAGUGGUAAGGAUAUUGCACCUUUGUUAGGUAUGAAGACACUCAGAGAAGAUGAUUCGAACCAUUCCCCAGCACUUUUAGAGAAAAAGUUCUAUGACCCUAAUUCUGAAUCUGUGGACGGCAUAGAAGGAAAAUUGAUCGGAAUAGUGGAUAUUUCUGCAGACAUACCACCAUACAGCCCAAAAUCGUUUAAACAUAUUCAAUACUACAAAUGUGCAACCGUUUCCAAGGUAGUUCCCGACCAAGUGGCCAUUAGAAGAUUCAUUCAAUUAAUUGAUGACAUUUUAUCGUCUAAUACUGAAAAAGCCCCACUAAUCGCAAUUCAUUGUCAUUAUGGAUUUAAUAGAACUGGUUUCUUGAUAUGUUGUUAUUUAGUUGAAAGAUUAGGCUGGUCUGUGCAAGAAGCUGUUGAGGGGUUUAAGGCAGCCAAACCUCCUGGAAUAAAGCAUCCGCAUUUCAUAGAUGCUUUGUACGUGAGGUAUGAGCCUAACUAUUAG